UUUGCAUCAUGAUGCAUCAUAGGUGAUGCACCGGUGUGCAAAUUUGUUGCAGUGCAAAUUCUGACGAAAUUCCAUCAGCAAAUUUGCGAUCCAUUUCCACGGGAAGUCGAGGUAAAAAUGGUGUUCAAGUGCCAGGAGGACAGUUUUCUGAAGGAAUACACCUCUAAGGUGACAGUCUGUGAAAAGGUCGCCGGUGGAGGUGUCCAUGUUACGUUUGAGGACACGGUGCUCUUUCCUGAAGGAGGCGGUCAACCUUCGGACCACGGUUGGCUGAAUGGAUUGGAAGUCAAAACGGUUACACGGAAAGGAGCAAUCGCGGUACAUGUUUUGGAUGGAGAGGAAGUGCCAUUUCAAGCCGGUGAGGAAGUUCGUCAGAAAGUGAACUGGGAACGCCGGUUCGAUCACAUGCAGCAGCACUCCGGCCAGCAUCUGAUAACGGCGAUUUUUGACAGGGAGUUUGGAUACAACACGAAGUCCUGGUGGUUGGGAACGGACGAUUCGUACGUGGAUUUGGACGCAAAGGAUGUCACCAAGGAGCAGCUGGAAAAAGUGGAAAGUAUUUGCAAUCAGCUAAUUGUGGACUGUACCGCUGUGAAUGUUAAAGUUUAUCAACCGGAUGAUCCGGCUUUAAAGUCGGACGUCACUCGUACCCGUGGACUACCGGAGGACGUAAGCGGACCUCUCCGAGUUGUAACGAUCGAUGGAAUCGAAAGCAACAUGUGCUGCGGAACGCAUGUGAAAAACUUGGCCCAGCUUCAAGCGAUAAAAUUUUUAAACGUUGAAAAGAGCAAGAACAAGUGCCUGGUUCACUUCCUGGUUGGUAAUCGGGUUCUGAAGAAGCUCAGCGAAUGCUAUGAUCGAGAAGUUCAAUUCAAUAACCUGUUGAACGGAGGACCACAAUCGCAUGUGGAUCUGAUCAAGAAAGUUCAGGCCUCCGUCAAAAACUUCCAAAAAGUUUGCAAAAAAUUCACCUCCGAACUCGCUUUGGUGGAGGCAGCAAAGGUAAACGCUCUGACCCCAAAGCCUCGGUUCUACAGCCUUCACCGUCUGGACGGAAUGGAUUCGGACUUCAUCGGGGCCUUCUUGAGAAAUGUCAGCAUGCCCGAGUGCUUCUUCUUUCUGACCAAUGGCGACGAGACUCGCAAAGGUCAGAUGAUUCUCCAGGGAAAGGCCGACGACAUUGCCAAGAUCGGAGACGCGAUUUGCAAGGCACUAGAUGGGAAAGGCAGCGGCAAGGGUACAAGGUACAAUGCCAAAGUAAACAACUUGAAAGCUAUCCCGGAAUGCGAACGAAUCAUUGCGGAACACUUUGGCCCUACUGAGGAGGAAUAAGGAUAAGAGAACUAGUCAGCCGAAAAGGGAUUGAUUUGAAGACCAAUUAUUUUAGCAAUGCGAAAAAACUAGACAGAAAAUUAUGAAUGUAGAAAGAGAUGUUACAUCUUGUCAUAAAUCGUAAGGUCGAUAACCGGGCAGAUCCUUGUAGAAAACAACUAGACUGAGAUUAUUGUAAGUAGUCGCUGGCCUUUAUAAUUGGAAAAACGUCGAAUGAGCAAGGGAAAACUUAGGCUUAUGAUUGGUCUAUAAAUAACUGUUAAACAGAACAACUGUAUUUCAUCUCAAGUCUAAUCGUUUUUGAAUUCAAUAAAGCUUUACUAGCGCAUAGCUGUGUGCAAUUUUCAA